AUGUCGCGCCCUCAGGUCGGCAUCGACCGCCUGCCCGCUCGUCGGAUGAGCAACGAGCCACGCGAGUCGAUGAACUGCAAGAGCUGUCGCAAGCGCAAGAUCAAAUGCAAUCGCAUGCGCCCGACGUGCGAGGCCUGCCAGGUCUUCGCAUGCCCUUGCAUCUACGACGCCGUCCCCAAGAAGCGCGGACCAAAGACCGACGUGCUGGAGGCGUUGCUCAAACGCGUCGACGGCCUGGAAAAGCGCCUGCACGAGGAGAACAAGAAUAAAUCUGAUGUCGAACCCGCCCCACCAAAGCCCAUCGAAGACUUUAAUACCCCACCCUCCAAGCCCGCCCUGCAAAAGACCGAGCUGCCCGCCGUCGCCGCUUCGACUGCUUCCGUUUCUCCCACCGACAUCAGGUACGUUGCUGGACCUGAGACGCGGGAUCUUCCCGUUCGGCUGACCGAGUGCAGCCAUCAGCCUCUUGUCCAUCAACGGCCGGACAUUCUGCUGGACACGUACUUUGCAAGAAUUCACGGGAAGCCUUAUUACAUCCUUGACGAGCUGACGACACGUCAACGACUGCAGCAUCAGCAGCUGCCGACUCAUCUUGCCCAUGCCAUUUACGCCGUGAGUGCACGGUAUGCACCACAUCCGGCUGGGUACAAUGGCGCUUCUCGUGCGAGUGAAGAGCAUGCGGCUCAGGCCCGCAUCGAGCUCGACACUGAUGAGCCUUCGAUAGAGUCUCUUCAGACUCUUUUGCUACUUGCUCAGGCCAAUUAUCAAGCCGGUAGAGGCAAGAAAUCUUAUAUGUUAUCGACAUCUGCCAUCAGUAUGGCAUUCGCAUUGGAGUUGCAUCGAGAAUUGCCUUUGAUGAUUAAUGUUCCACCAUCUGAAAGAGAGGGUCGACGCCGGCUCUUUUGGGCAUGCUAUCUUAUGGAUAGGUUUGCUGCUUGUGGGUCUAAGCGGCCUUCUUUGAUUCAAGAUGAAGCAGUCAUGCUUCGUCUGCCUUCUUCCAUCACUGCUCCUGGAGCGAUGAUGCUGGAGGGAGAUUAUUUCCGAAACGGUUCAAACCUGCAGUACAUGGCCGGACCUGGCAAACACAACCAAAGUAGCUCGAUGAUGCUCAUCGGUAUCGCUCGGAUACUUGGCAUCACUAACCGUUACCUCGCCGCCGGAGGUGUGAAGGGAGACUCGCAUUUCCCGUGGCAUUCCUUGUCCAACUUGUCCAAGAUUCGGCACGAAUUGGACUUGUGGGCGGCUGAAACCCAGGACACUUUUAGUUCACUCGAGACCCUUUUUGGCCAUGCCGAUAGCACUAUGCUCGUGCUGAGCAAGUUGGUGUACCAUUUGAUACACUGUCUCAUCUACCGGCCGUUCCUUCCCAUGGACCUUGCUGAGUUGUCUAUUACCGGCCAUCAUCAAUCCUGGCAGAUUGAAGCGACAAAUCUCUGUUUCUUACACGCAAACGCCAUAGCCGAACUCGUGGAGAUUGGAAGAGCGUCCUCGAUAAUUGACUGGCCAGCUUUUGUUGGCUACUGCGUUGGGACCGCCGGAACCAUUCAUGUUCAUGGAGCCCAUUAUAGAGGUCGAGAGGGAGAGCUUCUUUCGAGAGAGAUGCAUCAAUUGGCCGAGCUCCGCUUCAUAUGGGCAGGCAUACAGCAUCAACGUGACACCCUGCAGUGGAUAUAUGGGUGUCAUUCGGAGUUGGCGAAAUCCCUGGCGGGAAAUGCCAUGCGUUUCUCGCCUGUCCUAGAACUCGAGGACUUUUUCGACCGAUACCCGGGUCAAGCGGUCGAUGGAGCGCAUGUUACUUUUGCAGAUUUGUCCAUGGAUAGGACUGACCAGGGUAGUAUUUCCUUGUACACAACUUCACCACAGAAUCCAUAUGCCACGGCAAGUAGCUUUCCGCUAGCAAACCAACCGCCACUUCUACCAUCACAACCCACUCAACCCACGAGUCCUCUCGAACGUCGGCGCAAACGCCGCGCAACGGUAGCCACGGGCAUAUCCCACUCAACAAGCCAACAAAAGCGAGGCAGUUCCACUUCAGCCCAUUCCAGCCUCGAGGCUCCAACGUCUGCUUCGGAAUCGCAGCAACAGGAGGCGAUGAGUGAAAACCGCGACACCAACCACGGCACUAAUGACAAUGAUACUAAUAACCACACGCGUCUGGCAGACAUAAACAUUGCCGCUUCCAACGCCCUCUCGCCACACAUGUCCGCUUUUCAACAGCAGGUCAUCACGCCCUUUUCCCCUAACUUUACCUUUUCCGCUUUUACGCCUGAGAACGUUGGCGCUGGGAGCUCGUCGCAGGCACAGUCGCAGGCGCAGGCGCAGUCACAGCCGCAUUCACAGCCGCAUUCACAACCGCAGUCACAGCAGCAGUCACAGCCGGCACAGUCACAGCAGUCGCAGCAACAAACACAACCACAGCAGCAGCUGCAAGACCCCGGCUCCUCGCAGCAAACCAACGCUUACGACCCCAUGUUUGGCAUCCCGACGCCAUACGAGCAGCAAGGCACGCCCGGCGCGGCCAGCGCGGCUGGCUCGACGCACACGGAGAGCGAAAAAGACCCGUUCCUGACGCUGCUGGAGCAGCUGGCUGAGAAUGAACAGAGCCGCGGCGGGCCCAGCGAGCUGGACUUUUUCCUUAGUGGGGGGAACUAG